ACUGACCACAAGGUCAGCCUUGACAUUGCUCUGUUCAAGGGGUAUGGUCAGAAGGCAUUCGGUAUGAAAGCGUUCAGCAGCAAGCGGGACGGGAAUGCUUCGAGGAUGCUCUUACCCAUUGAAUUCCUCACCAAGACCAAUGGGUAUAGGAGAAGUGGUCAAUACCCGACGGUCUCCGCUGGUUACCAUCUCUCGUUGCCUCUUGUGCCGUUCGACGCUCCAGGAGAAAGUCUCGCAGGCUUGUUAGCGUGCUCUAGCGAUCGGCGGCAGGAUGUCUCGACUCCGCAACCAUCGGUGUCCGCGAAGGAGAAACUCGUUACUUACCAGAGGCGUCCGAGCGGUGGUUCAUCGGGAAACGUUCCGAAGAAGAAGGUGCUCGACAAACCACCUUCCAGUCUUCCGGGAAGCUCGCGUGCCGGUAGAAGCUCGCGCUCGCAGGACACCUCCCAACGUCGAAUGGACGAGGAGUCAAGCGAGAAGACAGAGGACGAUGAACGGAUUCGCCGAUUGCAAUCCCAGUCACUAGCCACGCGAAGGUUCACCCAGGGCGAAGGCUCUUGCGAUGUGAUUGCAGAGCGGGAGGAUAGUAGAGGCGACGAAGCCCGGGCGAGGGGCGAUGGAGAAGACGAUGAGAAUGAAGGAGAAUGUGGUGGUGGGCAUGACCACAUGGAUUGCGAAAAGGCAUCGGCAUGCGGAGGGGUGCUCGGUGGUAAUGUGGGUGGUUCGGAGAUGGAAGACCAGGAGAUGGAAGAUGAGGAAAUGGAAGACGAGGAAAUGAAAGACGAAGGACAGGAUGUCGAUGUUUUCGCGGAGCUUACUUCGAAGGGGAGGGGAAAACGCACAGCGGAAUCGUCGCCGAAGCGAGCCGCGCCUAAGAAGCAGGCUCGAAGAAAAGCUAUGCAGGACGUUCGGCUCGCCUUGGAUGCAGAUGCUGGUACGCCUGGUGAAGCCRGUGUGGAAUCCAAAUCCAAAGCUCGGGUUCGCAAAACGUUGCAACCCAGGAAGCCUGUGCGGUCGUCGAGGCACCCGAAAUCGGAUGACUCGAGCGACGAUGCUGAAGGGGUGGCCCCUCGUUUUCUCUCCAUCCCUGACGACGACGAACCAGAGACGAAGAAACCCAAAGCGGUGAACAUGACGCAGUGCUUCUUCCUCCAGUACGUCGAGGACGACAAAAUGAGAAAGGACCCGCCUAGGGUGGUCAUUGACGUCAUGCAGAUUCUUCCGAUUCCGGUGGGAGAGAUCACCUUCAACCAGCGAGCGCUGAACCCGGCCAUCGUCGCAGGUAUCGAAGCGGCAAUUGAAGCAUCAACUCGCCCACAGUCCGUGGAUGAUCCGGCUCCGUGGGAUCCACCGGAGUUGGUGCUGGCUCCGAUUAAUCCAUCAAAGGAUGCGGACAAACAAGGAACCCGCGUCCUUCCAGAGGAUUUCGACCCCGAACGGGCAGAUGAGUUUUUCUAUUACCCGGUUGUCGGUCAACAUUCUUCCGAAGCUAUGAAAAGAGCGGUGGCGAAGAACUCUGCAACGGUGGAGGUGUUCGGCUUUCGGAAUUAUGAUCGUGUACGGAUCAUUUAUUUUGACGAUGACCAUACGAACGGGUACCAUUAUGUUUCCACAUAUGACAACACGCGAGCAAAGCACGGUGGCGAGGAAGGAAACGAACGAGAGGUGUAUGGGCGGUGGGAACGACAUCCUAAACGGUUGCAGAAGUUGUGCAGUUCGUUUCUGCACGAGGACCAGGGGGUGAUUCUUAUUGGAAAGUCGCAUGUCGGACUUGUGUGGGAGCUCCUGCGCGCUGGCCAUCAUGUUUUCGCAUGCGACUCGUCGUCAAAAGAUAUUUCAUACUUGACGAAAGUCAUCGAAAUUCUCGGGAAGGAUGCGAGAAACGAAUGCACCGUUGAGAGACAGAAGACUACGCAUCGUCCUGACAGGGACAUGUACCACAAGUUGGGCAAGAAGAGAAACAAGAUGUGGGAAUAUUUGUUCCAAGGCCAACCCAAGACGCCAUUCGAGCAUGACUACAUAGUUCGCAAAGCGAUGGAACAGGAAGCGUAUAGUGGCUACCAUAAAGCGCAAGUGGGGUCGUUUGCGAUGUUCGUAGCAAGAUGCGAACGAAUGAAGUUCGGAGGAAAUCAGGCAAUGCUGACGUACGAUGGAUAUAGCAAGAUUGCCAAAGAAUAUGAUGCGUGGAAUCCGAUCGAGAGCGAUGAGGAGACUGAAACCUCAGACCUCGAAAUCGAGGAGCGAGUGAAACGUAUGCGAGAGAGAAUGGAAAGCGUGCCUGCAUGCAACGCGCCAAGCCUCCAAGAAGAAGAAGUUCGCACGAAAUCGGCGGGUGCGAGCAGUCCAACGCGUGACRUGACCGACAGGGCGAGUUCCAUUGAACACAUGCAAACGGAUUCGCUUACGCCAAUUCAAGCACUUGAGAAUGUACUGAUUCAUGGCAAUCAUCAAGGGUUCCGGGAAAAGGCUCAAUCUCGAGGAAACCCGGUCAACGAAAUGCGGCCAGAUGAUGACGAGGAUGACUUUGCGGUUCCAAAUGCCCUCCCGAAGCUGAUGCCCGGUGAUGAUAUCCCUGAUAGCAUUGCGCAGGCCAGUGAACAGCCGUACUUCAUUCCAGACAAGGUGCCAGAAACGACGUCUGACAAGUGGGGGCAUCACAUUUUGUGGCAUAUGGACCUAUUCGAGCCAUGCAUUGUACAGGGGAAGUGGAUGAUGGAAGUCCAUCUAACAAAAGGAUGGAAAGUCAGAGCCAGACUGGGUGAAGCCUCGUGGCUGAAAUUGGCGAAGAGCGAAAUCGUAUUUCGUGUUAGGAAAGAAAAUGACGGAGCGGAUGAAGCAGCUAUUGAGGAAAAGGCUCGAUUGCUAUUCGAAUGUCCUCACUCCAAAAACCGAUUGGAAUAUAAACACGGAUUCUAUGACUUGGAGUCAAGUCGGUCAUACAAGAGUAUCAACUGGAAGAUCGAUCUUCCUCAAGCUGGCCAUGGCGUUGAGACAAUCCGGUUGGGAUGCUCACAGAUUGGGGGGGAGUCAAACACGCAGUUUGCAACGAGUGUUGGGGAAGCGAUGAGUCAGACAGCCAGCAAGAUAAUGGAGGCGACCGAGGUUCCACGGAAUGUCGACAAAGUGGCAUCGAACGUUACAUCGUACGGACCACCUCUAAUAACGCAGGCGGGAAACGAGUGUGCAUCGCAGAUGGCGAGCCCCACUCCUUCCGGGAGUGGGGCUGUUGCAAAUGAAAUGCAACAAGGUGGGUAUGCACAACGUGCGAGUGAGGUGCAGAAUGAUUCCGAUGAGAUGAUGAAACUGCUAGAUGAGACAGAGAAGGAGGAGACGAGGAAGGUCGAGGGACCAACCACGUCGAAGUCGGUGAUUAAUUGCAUUUCGUUGAGUGAUGAAGGGAUAGACGGAGUUGUGGAGGGGCGCGAUGACAAUAACGAUGCAAGGGCAAAAUUCGAUGAACAGCGGCAAGGGGAUGACGAAGGACGACCUGCAAGAGGGUCGACAAGAGAAGUCAAGAAAAAACAUCCAAUUAAUGUGUAGAUAUGUGCAGAGGCUGAGUUCGGGUUGGCGUGACACUCGAUUGAUGUAUGUGACAAUGUGUACGUAACUUAUAUAAGUGUUUUCGGUUGGAGAAGU